GCUUAGAGGCUGAAUAAAGAUGGCUGCUCCUAUGAUUACCCGUAGGUGUUGAAGAAUGGGCAAUAGACUGCCCUUUUAGAUCCACUUACGUGUUAUACAGCUAGCAUGGAGGAAUCAAAAGAAAAAAAUGUCGAUGAGGGGAAAAGGGUUGAAUUCAAGCUUGAUAAAGUGUGUGAACUGCGUUUUGAAGUAGAGAACAAUGAAGAAGUUGAACUUGAGCUCAAAUCUGGCAUGGCAGAAAUUUUCGGCACAGAACUUAUACAAAACAAAAAAUACGUUUUUUACUCUGGAGGAAAAAUAGCUGUUUUUACGUGGCACGGAUGUGUGCUGGAAUUGAGCGGUAAGACAGAGGUAGCUUACAUAGCCAAAGAAACUCCCAUGGUGAUGUACAUUAACACACAUGCAGCGCUCGAACAGAUGAGAGUGAAAGCCGAGACAGAUAACACAAGUGGCCCCACUGUCAUGGUGGUCGGACCAGGAGAUGUCGGCAAGUCGACGGUGUGCAAGCUGUUGGUCAACUAUGCUGUCAGACUUGGUCGGCGGCCAACAUUCGUAGAUUUGGACGUGGGCCAGGGACAGAUAUCCAUACCAGGCACGAUUGGCUCGCUGUCCGUAGAACGACCGGCGGAUGUGGAGGAGGGCAAUUUCUCGCUGCAGGCGCCGCUCAUCUACCACUUCGGUCACAUCUCUCCCAGCGUCAACAUCAACCUGUACAACUGCCUCGUCUCGCAGCUAGCCGACAUCGUGCAGAUGCGCGGCGAGACGAACCGGAAGGCUGCCAUCAGUGGAGUUGUGAUCAACACCUGUGGGUGGGUGAAAGGUCUCGGUUACAAAGCCGUCAUUCAUGCUGCUCAGGCAUUUGAAGUGGAUGUGAUCAUAGUCUUGGACCAAGAGAGACUUCACAAUGAUUUGAAAAGAGAUCUGCCUAAGUUUGUGAAGAUAGUGUUGCAACCAAAGUCUGGAGGAGUUGUUGAAAGGUCACGCCAACACAGAGUUGAAUCUAGAGAUGCCAAAGUGAAGGAAUAUUUCUAUGGUCUGAGUACACCCUUAUAUCCCCACCAGUAUGAUGUCAAGUUUUCUGAUGUGACAAUCUUAAAAAUUGGAGCUCCCUUGCUACCAGACUCGUUGCUGCCGUUGGGUAUGAAACAAGAGGACGCUCAUUUGAAGCUUGUUGCAGUUCCUCCCAGUAAUCAGCUGCUACAUCACGUGUUGGCCGUCAGCAUGGCACUGACCAGCGACGAUGACAUAGUCCGCAGCAACGUCAUGGGCUUCAUCUGCAUUAAUGGUGUCGACAUGGAGAAGAAAGUUCUUACUAUAUUGGCACCUGCCCCACGACCCCUCCCUCGUAGCAUCUUGCUGCUCAGCGAUGUUCAAUUUGUGGACACGCACUAGUGAUUCAUAUUUCUACAUGCUGAAAGCAUCACCAGAGACCGUACGCACUAGUGAAUCAUUUCUGUGCUCUGAAUGUAUUUUGAGAUACUGUACGUAAUAAUGAUUUGUAUUUUUGAAUCAAUGAAAUUUUUCCACACACUGUAUGCAUUGUAUCUGAGCCCAGAGUAUGACUGUAACUUGGUUUCUACUUUAAAUAGGAAUUAUUGUAAAUAUCUUCAUAUUAAUUUCCCCGCUAGGGUGUCAUCCCUGAAAAACUAUAUAAAUUGUGUACUAUUGUUGUAUAAAAGGCACAAAGGACAUCUUAUAUAGAAAUAUUCGAUUUGCUACUGAAUUUUUAUAUUGUAAUGCACUUUGUUUGCCAACAUAAAUAUUCAUCCGUGUUUUUAUGUAA